AGUCAUGCCUCCUCCCAAAAAUCUCCUUCACUUCAUGCCCUUGCCAGGGCAGAAGUUGAAGAGUGUGGUGGUUGCGGAACCGCCUCCCGUGGACCAACCGUUGGCUGAGGAAGAUACCAUCCCCUCUCCGCUGAAGCCGUCUGCUGCUUUAGGGAUCGAGAUCCAGGAUAUAACCAAGGUGAUGGAGGCAAUUGAAGCCGACCUUGUUCCUGGCUCGGAUGUCCCUAUUGUGGCCGAGCAGAAGGAAGAAUCUGCUGACGUUUCUCUCGAAAGGGAGAAAGGUCCAGAUAAGGAGAUGGUGGAUCUCACCGAAGCUCACAUAGAGGUUCCCGAAGCUGAGAAGGAGGUCCCUUCUGCUGAGGAGGAGCAACCCGAGCAGGGUCUGACGAGGAAGAGGCGCCACUCGACCAUGGGCUCUACUUCGACCUCGGCCCUGGAUAGACUGAUCCACGCUGACCCUUGCUCGGAUGUUCCGCUGAAACGGAUCCCCGAGGAGGUAAGGGAGGCGAUGGCUCGCUAUGCUAGAGCUCCGGUUUUGGGGGAGAACCCCAUGGCUCACGUGGGAUCUUUGGUGGGUCCCGAAGCUGCACGGGAGAAUCUUCUUCGGGCCAACCCGCAGUGGAGGGUUCCUGGAGCUGAGGAGAGGAACCCAGCUAUGAUGGCCCAAUAUUAUCUGAAUGAGGCUGUUUUCUGGUCCUCGUUCGCUUCCGAGUGUAGCUCGGUUGAGGAGAGGCAACUGAGGAGGUAUCAGGAGGCUUAUGCUCGUGAUAUCCCUGUCUUGGACCAGAAGGCUGGGCAGCUCAUGGCCGAGAUGGUGGAGAUCAAGCAACUGUACCUUCAGUACAGUCGUGAGGCUAGGGAAGCGGCGGAACAGAUCGGGGCCGAAGUUGGGAAGCCCACUUUCCAGGUUGAAGAGGAUGCUGAAAAGAUAGCUUCCUUCGACAGGGAGAGGAGAGAAAUGGCUGCCAAGUUUGCGAGCGAACUUGAAGAAAAAGACAGUCUUCUCAAGGAGAUGACGUCUAAAUUUGAGGCGGCCAUUAAGCAGAGCCAGGAAGCGGAGGCGAGGCUUCAGCAGUUUAUCAAGCACCGGGAGAUUGUUCAGAAUCAAGCUGACAAGGUGCCCGUUCUCCAGCUGAAGAUCCGAGAGAAGGAUGCUGCCAUUCGGAAGUUGGAGCAAGAGAGAGUUGACCUCUACACUGCUGAUCAGUGUAGGGAGCAAUACUGGAAUGGCAUCCUGGGUGCUCGGCGGAUGUUCGCGAAGCAUAUGCCUCAUUUCCCUUGGAAUGAGAAGGUUCCGCUCUGGAUGAGGGCCUAGGAUCACUUGGUGGAGUGCCAGGCCGAUCGAGACGAAGCUGAAGCUGAACGCCAAGCUGCUCUUGCAGAGGCUCGGGCCCAGAAGGCGGCUUCCGAAGGUGAUACUACUGCUGGGGGUUCUUCGAAGGAUGCUCCUCUGGGGGAUGCUCCUGAGACUCCCAAGAGUUAGGGAUUCGGGCAGUCGUCUUCUUCAGAGUCGGUCGGUUCCAGUUGAGGACUUCCGAACAUGUGCUUGCCUUUCCCCCUUUUGCCUCGG